AUGUCCACCCAUGAGGCACAGGCUGCGAUAGACAAGUGCCUAGAUGCCAUGACGGCCCAAAGCGAGCAAAUGCGCCAAGUACAAGACAUUUUCAAAUGUCUACAAGAGGUACAAGAGGUCGCAAAGAAUGAUGUCCGCAAAAUCACGAUUGCCCUCACCGGGCUCCUUGGCGCGAUCAACACUGCACCAGGACAAGACGACGCAACGAAGAACAGUCUCCACAAUAUCGCAAUUGCCCUUAUCGACCUCCUUGGCACCACCAAUAAAGCUCUCGAGUCAAUCGAUACAUCGAUGACGGUAUCUGGCUAUGCCGCUCAAACUGCCUUCGUCGCAGUCAAUCUCAAAAAUGACGGACACGUGCUGGCACGCGUGCUGACGCUCAUUAAUGAGAGAAGAUUGAUGGACUUGAUGGACAAUGAUGGUGAUGAUGAUAACGAGCUUUGA